CCUAUCACAGGCGCACACCGUGACAUGUUACACAAAUUAAUUCAAUAGUUGUGUGUACUGUAUUAAUACUAUCUCUGAUUUUCAGAUCCACAGUAUGGCUCGACGUAUUGCUGUGAUUGGAGGAGGAAGCGCGGGACUGACCAGCAUAAAGUGCUGCUUGGAUGAGGGUCUGGAUCCGAUAUGUUUUGAAAGCAGCGAUGACAUUGGAGGUCUCUGGAUGUUUAAGGAGAAACCAGAGCCUGAACGUUCCAGCUUGUACCGCUCACUGGCCAUAAAUACCUCAAAAGAGAUGACGUGCUUUAGUGAUUUCCCAAUGCCAGGACAUUACCCGAACUACUUUGACCACUCCAUGAUGCUGAACUAUUUACGGCUAUAUGCUGAGCACUUUGACCUGCUCAAGUACAUUAACUUCCAGACAACAGUGGGUAGUGUGAAACAAAGGCAUGACACUGGUCAGUGGGAGGUGCUGACUGAAAAGAGAAAUGGACACAAAGAAACACAUGUGUUUGAUGGGGUGCUUGUGUGUUCGGGGAGCUCCAUACACCCUUUCACACCCCGCUCAGCAUUUCCUGGAAUAGACACAUUUCCAGGUAAGUGCUGUCACAGUUGGGAAUAUAAGGAUCCACAUUCAUUCCAUGGGAAGAAAGUUGUGGUUAUUGGCAGUGGCAACUCUGCUGGAGACAUAUCUGUGGAGAUCAGCAGAGUUGCAGAAAAAACUUUUCUGAGCAUGCGUGAUGGAGCAUGGGUUGUGAGCCGUGUGUCUACCUGUGGCCUUCCUUUGGAUAUGAACCGAACUAAACGUCUGAACAACAUACUGAUGCAAGUAAUUCCCCAUGCACUGCUCAACUGGGCAGUGGAGAGAGUCUACAAUGAGAAAUAUGACCACAAGCUGUAUGGAUUGCAGCCCACUUAUAGGUGA